UGUCAAAAACAUCUGUACAGUUUUGCACGGAGUUCAACUCGAGUGGUCGUUGGUGUCGUUGGAGACAUUAAUCAGUGCGUUUAAUAUUCUGUAUAUUUUUUGUCAUAUCGUAUUUAUGAUAAAAUUGAUACAAACUUUAAGAGCAUUGAUUAUUAAAUAUUACACGAUUAGUGCUCUUCUCCCGUUGGCGUUCAUAUUUUUAUAAACAAAAAAUAAAGUAUAAAACAGUAUCAAUAAUGUCUCAACAAGCAUUACCACAGCCCCAACAGCAGCAGUUCGCUCUGUUGCCGAAGAUAAUCAAUGGUGGCAUUGCUGGUAUUAUCGGUGUCUCCUGUGUUUUCCCAUUAGAUUUGGUCAAAACCCGCUUGCAAAAUCAACAAGUUGGACCAAAUGGCGAAAAAAUGUACAAAAACAUGUUCGAUUGCUUCCGCAAGACAUAUCACGCUGAAGGAUACUUUGGUAUGUACCGUGGUUCAGGGGUGAAUAUAUUGCUCAUCACACCAGAGAAGGCCAUCAAACUGACAGCCAAUGAUUACUUCCGACACAAACUAACCACCAAAGAUGGCCAACUGCCAAUGACCAGUCAAAUGUUGGCUGGCGGUUUAGCUGGUGCAUUCCAAAUAAUCGUGACGACUCCUAUGGAGUUAUUGAAAAUUCAAAUGCAGGAUGCGGGACGUAUUGCCGCACAAGCCAAAUUGUCAGGAAAAACAGUGGAAAAGGUGUCUGCAACAAAAUUAGCCUCACAAUUACUCAAGGAGAAGGGUAUUUUCGGUCUAUAUAAGGGCAUAGGCGCGACAGGUGCGCGUGAUGUCACCUUUUCCAUUGUGUACUUCCCAUUGUUUGCUACAUUAAAUGCGUUGGGUCCACGUCGCAAUGACGGUUCGGGCGAGGCAGUAUUCUGGUGUUCCUUCCUAUCUGGUUUGGCAGCCGGCUCAUUUGCGGCGUUGUUUGUGAAUCCAUUGGAUGUGGUGAAAACGCGCUUACAGGCGAUUAAGAAAGCGGAUGGCGAGAAAGAGUUCAAGGGUAUUGUAGAUUGUAUUAGCAAAACGUUCAAGUACGAAGGUCCAACGGCGUUCUUUAAAGGUGGUCUUUGCCGUAUGAUUGUGAUUGCACCGCUCUUUGGUAUCGCACAAAUGGUCUACUUUUUGGGUGUAGCCGAGGCAAUGCUGGGCUUAAAACAGAAGGAUUAAACAUGUGUAAACAAUCAAACAAUGGUUAUUAAUUUAAUUUACUAUAUGUUUAUAUGUAUGUGUAUUUAUUAAAGUUAAAAGUUAAAAGAUGAUUGUAAAUUUAGCAAAAACAGCCAAUUUAUGUAACUAAUGUUGUCAUAUUAGAGUAAAUAAUAUAAUACCAUGGAACUGAACAAGAGAAUUGCAUGUACACGCAUACGAAUGCAAAUGUGAUGCAUUUAAUGAAAACUACUGUCCGUGCAUAAACUAUGUACCAAAUAAUUGUUCAAAUUUGAAUAAACUAUGUACAUACACACAUAUGUAACAUAUGUAAGUUAAUUUAAAACGAGAGAUACUGUGGUAGACUGUGCUCGCCAUUGGGCAAGGAUUUCUACGCCUUUUAUUGACUAAAUGCCGAGCGUAUUAUAUAAAAUAUUCUUGCAGAUUUACAAAAUUUUUUUUACAAAUUCUAUUUAAAAUAUUUUAUAUGAUUUAAAAAAGCCAAUUAGUAAUUAUGCUCCUAAAUCUGAUAUGCAAAUGUAUGUUAGAAAGAAAAUUUGGACAUUUUAAUAGCGAAAAAUGAAAUAAAUAUGCUGCCUUUUUAAUGUAAUAUAAACUUUUUAACAGAUUUUAGGUUGCUCAUUGAAGAUUUUCUAAUGUUUUAUGCUUCAUUUUAGGCAUAGAAAACCGUUUUUUAUAUAUUAUUUUUUAUUAUUAUUUACUUGAGGGAAAAUAACUUUUUGCGUGCGUAAAACCUUGCUCUAAUUAAAUAAUUAAAGCAUAUAUUGGUAGAAAUCAUGCGAUGUGUUAUAAAAUGCUUAGGCUUAACGUACAUACAUACAGUUCAAAUAAUACGGUCAAUUCAAAGUUAUGCUCAUUACUAGUUAUAUGAAUGUUUACGCUGAAAGAAAAUUUUUGACCAAGGAAAGUUGAGACUCCAAGUAUCUAGUAUAUGAUCUCUAUGAUCAAUGCAAAAGCUGAAAGUAAAGUUAUUUCAUUAAAGGAAAAGGAAUAAAUGUGUAUAUUUCAUAAAAAAAAAAUAUAAAUAAAUUUUUUUUCAAUUAAGUUCUUUCAAUCAUGCUUAUAUUAAUAUAUCCAAAAGGCACAUGAACAUGCGCAAGGCGCAAAUCAAUUUAUAAUGACAAUAAUCUGCUAUUGGAAGAAGAAGCCACAAGCUAACAGACAAAAAGUAAUCGUGAAUUUAUGAAUCAAGCUAUGCUUAAACACAUAGAUACAUACCUAUAUAUCUAAUAUAUAUACUUCAUCUAUUAAUUAGCUAGUUAAAAUUAAUAUGAAAAAAAACUCCAUUGAUGUUUUCUUAUGCUCUUGUUGUUUUCUAUAAAAUGCGUUUUGCUGUGUAUACAUUAGCUUAAUUGUUUUGAAAAAGAAUUCUGUAUUGAUAUGCGAUAUAAGCAAACAUUAUAAAGUUUCAAAAAGUAGUUUCAGUGGGGUAUCCAUUUUCAUGUGUUUAUUAAAUAUACGAGUAUGUAUGUGUAAAAAUUAAAA